AUGCAAAGUAAUUGUAUUUUGAAGCCACUCUAAUUGUAACCUUAGAAACCUCUUAAACCAUUGGCUGGAAUGCAAUAAAAUUUAAAUGAGCAUUUGAAUAACAUCUAGAACAUAAUCCCUUAUCAAUUUGUUGAUAAAAACAGUCCACAUAUCACUAUUUCUGGAUUGACUCCAAAGAUAACAGAGUAAUCUCUAAGGAUAGUAUGUGCAGAGUACGGAAAUGUUGUGAGAAUCUAAUUACGAGCAUACUAUAAGGACGCUUAGGCUUAGAUAGUAGCUAAUGUUACAUAUGAAAAUGCAUAAUCAGCAUAGUAUGCUUAUAUGGAGUUAUAGAAGAAGGUGGAAAAUGGAUUUCAUUUUCAACUUUACUAUGGAGGUCCAUGUUAUCAAAACACAUCUAAAAUAGUGAAAAUAAAGUUACCAAAUCCAUAGAUAAGAGGGACAAUUGAUAAAUUGGCUAGAUAGGUAAUUAAGGAAGGAGUGCAAUUUGAGUAGACGAUAAAGUAGAGAGAGAUUAAUAAUAAUAAAUAUGCAUUUUUAUUUUUGUAAUCUGAAGAGAAUGAGUAUUAUAAAUGGAGGGUCUAUUCAUUUCAGAAUGGAGAUGAUGAAAAAUAGUGGAAGUAAGAGCCUUAUUAUUUCAAUUUAAAUGAAUGCAUUUACAUUCCACCUUCAAUAGAAGUAGAGGAGCCACCUUCAUUUGCCAAGAAGGAAUUGGAAAAAGCUUAAAGUAAAUGUAAUUUUAUGAUUACAGUCACAACCAAAAACAAGAAAAUGCAAUAUUAAGUGUUAGAAGAUUAGGAUAGAUUUACAUUUAGUCAAAUGUUGAGGGAAUUGAAUACACAGAAACACACUAUAGGGAAGGCAAUGGUUUUUUGUAUUGACCAUUAGGACUGUCCAGCAGAUCUGAUGUUGAUUUUAGAGGAGUCUCUCUUAAAUGAUUCGACAUGGUCAAUGAAACUUGCUCGUUUGUAUUUGAUUUCAGAUAUUUUGAAUAACUGCAAUCAGAAUUUCAAGAGCUAUAUCUAGUGGUGUUUGCCUAAGAUUUUUAGUAAUUUGGAUCAGUUGCUGCCUUAUAAAGAGAAAGUAAUGUGUUGUGUAAGAUAAAUAAAAGAUUUUGAAAUUGUUGUAAUGUUGGAGAGAGUAGAAUUUGUUUGA